UAUAUACUGUGCUUUUAAUUGGACAAAAGUCAGGAGUUAUCCGGAAAACCCGAUUUGGAUAUAAACAAUCAACUUUUGAGACAGGUUCAAGUAUUUAACUAAUACAGCAAAAUGCCCCGAAUCAUGAUAAAAGGUGGGGUGUGGAGGAACACCGAGGAUGAAAUUCUAAAAGCGGCGGUUAUGAAAUAUGGCAAAAAUCAAUGGUCCCGUAUUGCGUCCCUUCUGCAUCGUAAGUCCGCUAAACAGUGCAAGGCCCGCUGGUACGAGUGGCUAGAUCCCAGCAUUAAGAAGACCGAGUGGUCACGGGAGGAAGAUGAAAAAUUGCUGCAUUUGGCUAAGCUAAUGCCCACGCAAUGGCGUACAAUCGCGCCUAUUAUUGGACGAACGGCGGCGCAGUGCUUGGAACGAUAUGAAUAUUUGCUCGACCAAGCUCAACGCAAGGAAGAUGGGGAGGAUGCUGGAGACGAUCCACGUAAAUUAAAGCCAGGUGAAAUCGAUCCAAAUCCAGAGACAAAACCUGCCCGCCCCGAUCCAAAAGAUAUGGACGAAGAUGAAUUGGAAAUGCUAUCAGAAGCGCGUGCACGUCUUGCCAACACACAAGGCAAGAAGGCUAAGCGCAAGGCUCGCGAAAAACAGUUAGAAGAGGCUCGACGUUUGGCAGCGUUGCAGAAGCGUAGAGAGCUUCGUGCUGCGGGUAUUGGCAGCGGCAACCGAAAACGAAUCAAAGGCAUUGACUAUAAUGCAGAAAUCCCAUUCGAAAAACGUCCGGCUAUCGGAUUCUACGAUACAUCAGAAGAAAACGUCGAAAAACUUGGGCCGGACUUCAACAAGAUGCGUCAACAAGAUCUAGAUGGUGAGUUGCGCUCAGAAAAGGAAGAGCGAGAGCGAAAGAAAGAUAAGCAGAAACUGAAGCAACGCAAGGAGAACGACAUGCCCUUAGCUAUGCUACAAAAUUUGGAACCCGAAAGGAAACGAUCGAAGUUGGUGCUGCCUCAACCGCAGAUUUCAGAUCAGGAAUUACAGCAGGUUGUCAAGCUUGGGCGUGCUAGUGAAGUAGCUAAGGAGGUCGCAGGUGAAAGUGGAGUUGAAACGACAGAUGCACUAUUGGCCGAUUACUCUAUAACACCGCAAGUUACAGCGACGCCACGCACCCCUGCGCCAUUUACCGAUCGCAUAAUGCAGGAGGCCCAAAAUAUGAUGGCCCUGACACACGUAGAUACGCCAUUAAAAGGUGGGGUUAACACACCAUUACACGAAUCCGAUUUCUCUGGAGUACUACCAAAAUCAGCUACAAUUGCAACACCCAACACUGUAAUUGCCACACCAUUCAGAACACAACGCGGAGGCGAGGCCGGCACACCUGGAUUCGCGACCCCGGCUUCCAAUGCACUUGUGCCAGUAGGCAAAACACCGCACGCUGGCUUGGGUCAAACCCCCAUACUCGUUCGAGACAAACUAAGCAUUAACCCAGAAGACAAUUUAAACGUCGGCGAUACGCCAGCAAUAUAUAAAAACUAUCAAAAACAACUGAAAAGCUCCUUACGCGAAGGCUUAGCAACGCUGCCUGCUCCGCGCAAUGAUUACGAAAUUGUUGUGCCAGAGCAUGACGAUCAAGAACCUUCUGAGGCAACCACGGUAAACGUGGUCGAGGACCAAGCAGAUGUAGACGCCCGCGCAAUAGCAGAGGAAAAUAUCAAACGCAAGCGGGAGCUGGAGAAACGUUCACAGGCUAUUCAACGCCAACUGCCGCGUCCAACUGAAGUCAACACCAAGAUUUUGCGCCCUCAAUCUGAAAAGCAAAAUCUCACUGAUAUGCAAAAAGCCGAAGAGCUGAUUAAACAUGAGAUGAUCACAAUGCUUUUAUAUGAUUCGGUGAAAGAUCCAGUGCCAGGACAAUCACAAAACAAAAUUGAACAGCUACAAAGUUACUUCAAAUCGAAUCCCUAUGAAGAAUUCAAAAAGCUAGAUUUAGAGAAGGCGGGAAACUUGAUCAAAGAAGAAAUGGAAGUUGUUAAAGAGGGCAUGGGACAUGGCGAUUUACCGAUGGAUGUCUACUCGCAAGUGUGGCAAGAGUGUUUGGGCCAGGUGCUUUAUUUGCCGUCGCAAAACCGAUAUACGCGCGCAAAUUUGGCAAGCAAGAAAGACCGUUUGGAAUCGGCCGAGAAGCAAUUGGAGCAAAACCGGCGCCAUAUGGCUAAGGAGGCGAAGCGUUGCGCCAAAAUUGAAAAGAAACUAAAAAUCUUAACCGGCGGCUAUCAAGCGCGCGCACAGGCAAUGAUCAAGCAGUUGCAAGACACAUACGAUCAAAUCGAGCAAAAUUCACUGGCCUUGUCAACGUUCAAAUUUCUGGCCGAGCAGGAGGCAGUGGCCAUACCCAGGCGUUUAGAGUCGCUGCAAGAGGAUGUGCGUCGGCAGAUGGAGCGUGAAAGGGAAUUACAACAGAAAUAUGCUAAUUUGCGCGAGGAGCUUGAGCAAGCGCAACAAGAAAUAGAAGCCUAUAAAAACAGCGAGCAGAAUACGGAUUUUGCAAAUUGAAUGCAUAGCAAAGCUACAAACAAUUCAAAAGCUAAUUGCAAACUAUAAACUCUAUGCUUAAUUUAAAAUAAAACAAAUUCAUUCUACUUUCAAUCUAA